UACAUUGCUUUGACUGUUCGAUGUGUCUGAUUUUAGGGUUCACUUGAAUUGCCUGUAUCAAUUAAUUAUUGCCUCCCAUCUUAUGGUUUAUUUGAACCAUUUCAAAUUCCAAUAAUCUCGAGAAUGAAGUUGGCCCAUUUCUCCUUUUUAUUUGUAUUUUCCCUUUGAAUAUCAGUAUUUUAAUCUUCACGAUUUUCCUCUCUUCAUUAGCUCUCAGGUGCAAUAUCUAUAUUUUCUCAAUGAUAUUCAGUUUAAGGCUUGAAUCUUGUAGCUGCUUGCAAUAAUCUUGUGAAAAAGGUGUUCACUUGAAAAACUUUUGAAGGCUUGGGGAUUGUCCCCUCUACAAUUCUAGUACAUAGUACAUUAUGUUGUUCUUGUCAAACAUCGUUACUCUCUGGUUGAUGGUGAAGUUCAGCUUGGGACUUGGUUCAAAUUUUAGCAUAAUUUUUUUUAACCUGAGUUCAGCUCCUUAUUUUGCAUGUUUCCACCAGUAGGCAAGCCCCUUACAUAAUUUGAUAUAUGGACUAUGCACCUUUUAUGUUCUCUUUGAUUGAAUAGUGAUUAUCAAGUUUGGCUGGUGGUGUACUUCCUUUCUCAAUAGCUUGAAACUAAUGACAUUAGGGUGUGAAAUUCUCUGCUCAGGUACAAUUUAUGUUCUCUUUUGUAGAUGUGCUCCUCUAUUUAAUUCUUGUUUGUUUGUUGAAUCGCCAUUACCAGCAUUUGCCCCUGAAAUUUCAUCUAUUUUACAUAAAUGGAAUCCUCCAAAUACACGUACAUGGCAAAGUGGACUGAGCCGUUGACCGAAUUGUUUGUAAGUCUGAUGGUAGAUGAGGUAAAAAAGGGAAAUCGCACAUCAUGUACCUACAACAUAGUAGGGUGGAUUAACAUUGAAAAAGAAUUCAAUGAACAAACACGACUUCACUUUAGUCUACCACAGUUCAAGAACAAAGCACAGAAACUGAAGAGACAAUAUGGUAGUUUUAAGAAGUUGCUUUCAACAACGGGAUUUGGAUGGGACAAUGACAGCAAGAGGGUUGUUGUGGACGAUGAAACUGUUUGGGCAAAUCACAUUAAGGCUAAUACUGAAUGGGUCAAGUUUAGGAAGGACAGAUUUCCUUUGUAUUCACAGCUUUGUGUUGUGUUUGGGGAUACAUACGCCACUGGGGAGUUUGCAAUAGGAAAUGCGCAAGGCGUGGCACCGUCGGAGGGUACAGGUGACAGUGGUGGUGGUGGUGACAAUGAUGUUCAUGUCAACCUAAGCGAACCUGAACUGUUUUUCGAAACCCAAGCUGAUGUGGAACAAUUUAACGUGUCGGCGAGCCCACCUCCAAAAAGUCACAUAUUGGAUAGGACUCCAAAUGCCAAGAGGAGGAGAAAGAGCAAUUCGCAUUCAUUUGACGCGACUUGCAAAGCCAUUCAAGAGAUGAUCAAAGCUAAGACGGUUCAAACAUCAAGUGCCUUCGUCACCUCACAGUCCUUAAUACAUGUGGACCCUUACUCUAUAGCAACCGUGGGUGCUGUCCUAAAUGCCAUGCAUGACUUGGACAAGGUUCUUUACAUCAAAGCUAUGAAACAUGCUAUCAUUAAUGCCUCUUGGAGAGAGGGCUUCCUGACAUGUCUUCCCGAAAUGAGAGUUGCCUUUAUUGAGGCUAUGGAUGAGUAGUUGGGGGCUGUUGAGUAGUUGUUGGGUUAUAGUAUGCCGUUUUAUGUUUGAGUUCAUUUCGGCUUUUCACUUAUGUAUUUCAGACAUUGACUUGUCUUUAUGGCUAUGCGUUUGUGAUGAUGUUGAGACUUUGCUUUAAUGUGAUUAGAUUCCAUAAUUAUCUAUUGAGUGGUAUUAAAUUCCCAACAUAUCAGUUCAAAUGUAUUGGCUUCCCAACUGACAUGUUGAGUUUGUCUUCUUCUUUCGCAUGAUAGCCUAGGUAAUAUGGAAGGGGGUCAAAGUAGCUGGUCUAAUGAUCAAGUAGCAUCAAGUGAAACAAUUGCAUCAGAGCUUUAUGUGAGAGAUUCCAACGUUCAGGAGAGACUGUUAGCAAGUACUUUGCAGCGGUGUUGAAAGCUGUUUUGGAAUUGGCGAAGGAGAUUAUCGUACCUCCUUCAUUUGAUGUUGUCCCAGAAGAAAUUCAGAUUGAGCCAAAGUUUAAUUGUUACUUCAAGGGGUGCGUAGGUGCUAUUGAUGGCACCCAUAUUCAUGCUACCGUACCUGAACAUAUGCAGCCACGAUUUAGAGGCAAGUACUACGCCGUCGAUUCUGGUUAUGCUUCAAGUCCAGGAUUUUUAACACCAUUUAAAGGCGAACGGUAUCAUAUACCAGAAUUUCGACGAAGUGGGGGACCAACAACAUCAAAGGAAUUGUUCAACCACAGGCAUUCUUCAUUAAGAAAUAUCAUUGAGAGAUCCUUUGCGGCUUUAAAGAAUCGUUUU